AUGGCGAUUCGCAUCGAUAAGCCGGAUACGAUGCAGAAUGAGCUUGUGCACAUUCUCGCGGAGCACCUCCAACCCAAUCACAUUUACACUUUCACAUUGACGUAGGUUCACAGAUUGAGCCAUAAGUAUCAGUUUCGCUCAGAUUGAAGCACAACUAUGGGACGCACAAGUCGACGGCCACGUUCCGAUCGGAUUCAGCUGGAAAGAUCGAUUUGGAACAUGCGAAGCCGUUGAGAGGAUCCUAUUACGGUAGGCGAUUGGCAGUACGAAUAAGCGAAAUUCCGACUUGCGACUUUUCCUUUUUCCAGAACCUGAUCCAAUGGGCCUGUUCCUUGGCAUGAAGCCGUGCGAAGACUUUGCCUACGGAGGAUAUCUGCGCUGCACUCCGCCAGUCCCGUUCAUCUACCAACUACAGUAACCCAUAUACACCUCGGAUUGCCAUACUGACGCUUGAUUAAGGUUGUCGGACUCGAAAAACAGUCUGGUCGAUCAGAUCUACAUCAAAAAGCACUGGAUGCACCCGAGAUUAGAGAGAACCGAGCUGGAGGACGACGGUUUUUGCGCGACACUUUUCAAACCGCCCGGAGACGGACCGUUCCCCGUGGUUAUGGAUCUGUCGGGGACCGGCGGCGGCAUUCACGAGCACAAGGGCGCCAUGUUGGCUUCCGAGGGGUUUGUGGUGUUGUGCGUCGCGUUUUUCCAGUACAAGUAUCUGCCGCAGAAAAUGGAGGAGGCAGAUUUGGACUAUUUUGCGGUAAAUUUGAAUUUCACGAAAUAUCCAUCUUUGCAAGUUGUUCCAGAAGCCCAUAGAAUACCUGACAAAACUACCGUAUACCCACAAUGUCAUUGGAAUUCAAGGGGUCUCAUUCGGAGCGACUAUUGUGGAUCUGCUGGCGACGCGGCAUGGGGACAAAGUGCGUGGGCGUCUAGACUCUUAUCAACACUUGAUGUUUCACAGAGUACACGUUCACUUUCAGAUCAAGGCAGUCGUCUCGAUAAACGGUCCUCAAAUCGUGUCCGACUACAUUUACAUGCGCGAGCACGGCACGCCGAUACCCCAUUUGUCGCACGGACAAGUCACGCUCGAGCACUGCGUCUUCCUCAACGGAGUCAUGUGCUCGAACCGAAACUUUCAAGUGAUGACCAAGGAGUUGACGCCAGACACCGAGAUUCCGUGGUGGCGCAUUCCCACGGACGUCAAGAUUCGCGUCAUUGUACGUGAAGAAAUUAUCCGAUCGGGUCCAAACUUUGCAAAAUUCUGGGACUUGUUUCAGCCCGAUCGGAUCAUCUGGGCCCGAGAUGUGUAGAUCAGAAGCUUAAAAGGCCUCAAACCAGUAUAUGUUGGGACCAGAUAAUUCGUUCGCGCUGAAACUUGGGCCCGAGAUACUUGAAUCCAAGUCAAAGCAGCCUAUAAAGUUUGGACCCGAUCGGGUCAAGACUCAAUUUAUUCCAGGGAUCCGUGGAUGAUUUGUGUCAACCGUCGGUGCACGCGACUUUGUACCGACAACGGAGACUGCGAGAGACCGGUCAUCACGUUGAGGUUUGUUAUGAUUUCAAAAUUAUGAACCAUGAACCGUGUCAAUCAUCUAACGACAUAAACACCACGGACAAUCUAUGAUAAGAAACUGAUAAAAAGAGCAUCAAAGAACUCUCGAUUGUUUGCAGGUCGAAAUGGUGAACGGCGGGCACAUCAUGGAGCCGCCCUACUUUCCGCAUCAUGAAUUGGUCUACGCCAAGUACCAGGGCUUCUACUGCGGCUACGGUGGUGAAGUGGUCCUUCACGCAAAGUCACAGGAGAAGACGUGGGCGAAUACCAUCCGAUUCUUCCAACGAACGCUCGGAGCGACACGGAAAAUUGCCGAUUGGGACCGCCUGAAUUGCAUUGAGGCGCCGAGGGGCGAGAGUAAACUGUGA